CUUUCACCCACCCCCACCACCCACACAAACCCUAUAGGCUGCCGCUCCGGGAGAGAGAGAGGAGAAAAAAACGAAAAUAGUUUUACCUUUAGUCAUGUCACCUUUCACCUCACAGUCACAGUGUCCCUGUCCUCCCUUCCUCCCCUCUGUUCCAUCUCCCAGUUGCUCCGCAGAUCUCCCCUUUUUAGGCCAAACAAUCUAUUUUUCCACCACCCCCGACCCUCCUAAAAAUAGUAGCCCGCACCUCCUCCCCGCUCCUGAUGAAGCUGAUGAGACGACGAGCAACAGCAGCGAGCAACCGACGACCACUGCCACUCCAGUUAGCUGAGCAACGCUUCAGCUCCAGCUCCAGCUAGAGAUCCCUGCUGGAAUCUCCUCCACCGCUCCGACGGGCCCUCCACCGAAACCAGCCGGCAUCGCCACGAAAGAUUGAUGGACCUGCCGCCGAAGCCCGAGAGCCCGGGCGGCGGUGAUGGCGGCGGCGGAGUCGGUGGAUCGAGCAGCGGUGGGGCGUCCUCGUCGGCGGGCGGCGGCGGCGCGCCGCAGACGCCGAGCCGGUACGAGGCGCAGAAGCGGCGGGACUGGAACACGUUCGGGCAGUACCUGCGGAACCACCGGCCGCCGCUGAGCCUGGCGCAGUGCAGCGGCGCGCACGUGCUGGAGUUCCUGCGCUACCUGGACCAGUUCGGCAAGACCAAGGUGCACACGGCGGCGUGCCCCUUCUUCGGGCACCCGAACCCGCCCGCGCCGUGCCCCUGCCCGCUGCGCCAGGCGUGGGGCAGCCUGGACGCGCUGGUCGGCCGCCUCCGCGCCGCCUUCGAGGAGAGCGGCGGCCGGCCGGAGUCCAACCCCUUCGCGGGGCGCGCCGUCCGCCUCUACCUCCGCGAGGUCCGCGAGCACCAGGCGCGCGCGCGCGGCGUCAGCUACGAGAAGAAGAAGCGCAAGAAGCCGCAGCCGCCGGCCGAUCACGCCGGCGGCAGCGGAGGACACCCGCCGCCUCCGGCCCCGCCGCCCGCCGGCGCGGCGUGCUGAGGACCACCCGGCCGCCACCAGUACGACGCGCGCACGCGCCAUUUGAUACGCCGGACUGAGCAUAUUUUAUGUAGCUUUCGAUCCAUUCCCGUGUGCAUGCAUGCAUGGUUUGCUGCCAUCUUGCUCGCGAUGCUUCUUCGUCUUCCUCGAUCAGACUCUGCCGAUCGUGUGCCUUGCUACAUUGUUAUUUCUUCACUCGUGCUCUCUCUACUGCUAGCUUCAAUUAUUCCUAGCUACCUCUUAAUUUUCGUGUCAAGCAGUUCCGCUCAAUCUGCUGCUACGCUGGAAGGAAACCAAUCAAUGGAUCAUCAAUGAGACUUUGAGUUGCCUUACUUUUCA